AUGUUGUUCUUCAAAUAAAAAGCCUUCAAAGUAAAACUAUCCAGAGUAGCAGGAAGAUAAAUGAACCAAUAAUAUAAUGCUGGAGGUACUGAAGUUGUCUAUGUGGAAAACGUUAAUCACUACCGUAAUGAUAAUCUAGUUAUUAUUGACGGUGGCUAUGGUGCUGGAUGCGGUGGAGGUAUUAUGAAUGUCGGUGGUGGCUGCGGGGGAGGUGGCUUCGUUGAUAUUGGGUGUGGAGGCGGUGGUUGUGGCGGUGGUGGCUGUGGAGGCGGUGGCUGCGGAGGCGGUGGCUGCGGUGGUGGUGGCUGUGGUGGAGGUGGCUGUGGAGGUUGA